AUGAAACGUUCUAGCUCGAUUCAGCGGGAUAAAAAAUUUAUGAACAUUAAUUUUUAUUACUUAACGGUAUCAUCGAAGAAGCUAAUACAAGUUAAUGUUGUGACAUGUGAUGGUUUAACUACACAAUGGUUUUCAAAAAUUCCUCAGACUUCAUUCCAAAGAACAAUGGAAUUGAAAGCAAGCAUCAGCGAUGGUGCAAAUGCGAUCAUAAAUUUCUUUUCUUAUGCUUCUCUCUAUGCAUUGUUGGAUUCGGCAGAAAAAUUUCAUUUGUCAUGCUUUUUGUCGACAUCAUUGGCGGCUUACAUGAAAUUUCAGUUUAUCGAUUGUUCUCAACAAAGUUUUGAUUUAAAACUUCCAAAGAGAAUUUUACUUCAUUUUGAAAAGUUUUUAAUGUUAAUGGAGAUUUUUAAAUAUCUUCAAAAUGUAGUAAAACCUCCAAACAAAACAAAAUCUCAUUAA